AUGUGUCUCUAUACAGUGGUUUUAUCCAGGAUUCUAUACCUGAGAUCACGAUCCUCGUCAUCUUUAUAUCAAUCAUCUACAAGCUCCGUAAGAUUAGCUGCUAAAGCAAAUAAAUUUGCAGAAUCCUACUUUGGUGAACUUUGGAAGGACAUUGAGUCAAAGCCAGGUAACCUUUCAGCUACUCUGGAGAAGCUUUAUGCCUGGGAGAAGAAACUGUACAAGGAAGUAAAGGCUGAGGAAAGACUUAGGGUUAUUUAUGAGAAGCAGUGCAAGAAGUUGCAGAUUUUGGAUGAAAAAGGUGCCGAACCUAACAAAAUUGAUGCUCUUCGGGCUUCAAUUAGGGUAUUGGUGACAAAACUGAAUGUCUGCAUGAAAACAAUUGAUGCAAUAUCAAGCAGAAUACACAUGUUGAGGGACGAGGAGUUGCAACCACAAGUCGCUGACUUAAUUCAUGGGCUAAUUAGAAUGUGGAAGGCGAUGCUUGGUUGUCACCAGAAACAAUUCCAAGCUAUCAUGGAAAGCAAAACUCGCACUCUAAAGGCAAACACUAGUUUUCUAAAAGACUCAAGCUUGCGAGCCUCUCUUGAACUUGAGAUGGAACUCCGGGCAUGGUCUGAUCGUUUUAGUGACUGGAUCAAAACCCAGAAGUCUUAUGUUGAGUCACUAAAUGGGUGGCUUCUGCAAUGCUUACAGUAUGAACCAGAAGAAACCCCUGAUGGACGUGCUCCUUUCUCCCCAGGGCGGCUUGGAGCUCCUCCAGUUUUUGUGAUAUGCCAUGAUUGGUAUCAAGCAAUGGAAACUAUAUCUGAAAUCCGAGUAGCAAAUGCGAUGCAUAACUUUGCUUCAAGUUUGCGGGAGCUCUGGGAAAAGCAAGAUGAGGAGCAACGUCAAAGAAUAAAAGCACAGGACCUCUCAAAGGAUAUUAAGGACCGACUGAAAACCAUCCAGAUGGAGAGAGGAAAAAUACCUCGUGAACAAGAUGCAAUGUCAGACAAAACUGGUGUUUCUAUUGUUCCAUCAGAAAGUGGAAUUUCACCAUUGGAUGAUUUGACAGUGGACUUAGAUUUGGUAACAAAGAAGUUGGCAGAGGAGAGAGCAAAGCACAAGACUGCCAUAAAAAUAGUGCAUGAUGCAGCUUCAAGUAGUGUACAGGGAGGUUUGGUUCCCAUUUUCAAGGCCUUGGAGAACUUCUCUUCAGAAGCCCUGAAAGCACAUCAGCGAGUAAGGUUUCGUGUUGAUGGGGCAGAGUCAAUAGGGUAGAUAAUCAGUUUUUUGGUCUGUGGGCUAGUUUCUUGCAACUUGAAAAGAGCCCCUGCAAAGCCCUUGUAGCAGUAAUAUAUAGGGAUGAUUCUUCUAAUGUUUCAUUAGGAGAAAUUUUUGGAGGUAGGUAUAACUUUUUGUAGGGUUUUCUGACGGUUGUGAAACCAUUUCUCCAAAUCUGAAGGAGCAGGCUCUAGAGAUCAUUGUGGGAAAAUCCAGCUAGUGUCUUAGUUUGAGAUUUUGUAGAUCACUACAAUCGAUGGGAUUAGGUAAGAUCUUGUACAGCUAUUCAUUGAUUUAUUAAUUUCUUGUUCAUUUAGUGGAUGAUUUACUGAUAGGCUGUUCAUGUGGGUAGAUUUUGGGGUUGUUGUAGGGAAAGCUUAGAAGGUAGAAUUUAUCUUUAGUAG